UCAAAAGGCCCCAAAAUCGUGGCAGGUUCUUCCCCCAUCUCCAAUUCGCUCCCAAUCAGCGAAUACUCUCAUCACUGCCGACGCAGAAGCUUCGAACUUGUUCUUUCAUAUGGGGAUUGAGAGAGGAGGCCUUAAGGGCUUACGUGGCGGGUGGAGCGUCGCUGCUAAGCCAUGCGAUUCCUGCAAAUCGGCGGCCUCCGCCGUGUUCUGCCGCGCCGAUUCCGCCUUCCUCUGCAUGGCCUGUGACACCAGAAUUCACUGCGGUAAUAAGCUCUCUUCCCGCCAUGCGCGUGUUUGGAUGUGCGAGGUUUGCGAGCAGGCCCCUGCUUCCGUCACGUGCAAGGCUGACGCCGCUGCUCUCUGCGUCACCUGCGAUUCCGACAUCCACUCCGCCAACCCCCUCGCUCGCCGCCACGAGCGUGUACCGGUGGAGCCCUUUUAUGACUCCGCUGAGGUGGUGGCGAAAUCCUCUGGCGCCGUUGCUGCUUUCAACUUCUUCGUCCCCAGCGAUAGUGGAAUUUGCUCCGAUGGGUUCCAAACCGACGAUCCCGAACCAGUUCCGUGGAUGGUGCCUAACCAGAAUUUCAAUUCCAAGGUCGUGGGUGCCCCGGAAGUGAAGUCCGGCGACAUGUUCUUCACGGAAAUGGAUCCAUUUGUGGAAUUCGAGUACUCCAAUUCUUAUCAGAACAACAACAAUCACGGCGCGGCAAACGACAGCGUUGUGCCGGUUCAAAACAAACCUGUUACGGCUCCGAUGAUCAAUCACUCGGAGAAUUGCUUCGAUAUUGAUUUUUGCAGGUCGAAGCUUUCUUCUUUUAGCAGCUACCCAAGCCAAAGUGUCUCGUCGUCUUCGCUUGAUGUUGGGGUUGUGCCAGAGUCAGUGUCAGAAAUGUCGUUCUCCUUGGGGCGAAACAUGACCACCAGCUCCGAAUCAGGCGGAAUCGGGUCGGCGGGAAGCAACCAGGCGACCCAGCUGGGCGGGAUGGACCGGGAAGCGAGGGUGUUGAGGUACAGAGAGAAAAGAAAGAACCGGAAGUUCGAGAAAACCAUCCGGUACGCGUCGAGGAAAGCAUACGCGGAGACCCGACCCAGGAUCAAGGGUCGGUUCGCUAAACGGAGCGAAACCGAGUCGGAGGUGGACCGGGUGUACAGCCCCGUUAGCUCGGGGGGACUCAUGAUGGAGGCUCAGUACGGCGUCGUACCGUCGUUUUAAAAUCAGUAAUAAGAAUCCAGGAUGAUGGGGAAUUGUUUUAGUGUGCGGGAAUGUACGAUAAUUACGGUGGGUAUAAGGUGGUGUUGGAACCGUAGAUGUGAUUGACAACGAGCAUGAAGGCGUAACGUAAAUGAAGAAGAAGAAGAUCUGACGGAGGAGAGUGAAAUGGAAAGGAAGGGUAACUUCAGAAAUGAGGUUUUAGAAUCACGUGGGUGUAAUCUUUCUUCACCUUUUUUAUUUUCCUUUUAAGAAAGAGUAGAAGGUUUUCUUCUUUUUCAAAUGUGGUCACGGAUCUCUUUCCGUCUUCUUAUUAGUUCACAGCUAUCUCUUCCUUUUUCUCUCAUAUGUUAUUUAAUUGUUUGAAGUAUUAGAAGACAGUUGGCCCAAAAUUGGUUGGCAGGAAUUUGCAGGAUAUUCCCUUUUAAGUUACAUAUUAUAUGGAUUUGCAUAGUUUAAGGAAAUAAAUUAACGUGGAGCCUGAGUACUGUAA